AUGGAUGCCGGUCUGUUGGCGAAGAUUAAUGCAGUCAAAGAAUCAAGUGGGUUGUCAAUCAACACGAAGACCUCUCAGAUCCUCGAGUUGCUUCAGCAACAUGGGCACUUGUAUACCCAAGUGAUCAAAGCGCCCUUGAUGCUGGUCCACCCAGUGAAUCGCUGCGGCAUGCUAGUCAACAGCUUUGAUUCGCACGAGAAAGGAUGGCGAGCACUGUCGGUAGGUUUCGACAUUGCCCAGCUCGAGGGCAACAGCAUUUGUACAGAGUUGUCUCACACCUUGAAAGACGAGGCUUUCAAGGCAAAUGAAAACCUUGUGAAGCAGGCAGAAGGUCGCCUGGCUUCUGUCACCGGUAUGGAGCGAUACUGCAGCCUAGGAUCGUCUCACAUGUCGCAAUUCGUUAAGGCAGUUUUGCACGGUUGCAAAACUGAACACGAAGAUUUGAGCCAACUCAACGAAUGCUUGAGCAUGGACAUCUUGCAGACCAAAUUCCGGGACCACUCCUUCGUGAAGGUGUGCAGCGAGGGGUGGACAUGGAAGGUGAUCAGUGCGGCGGCAUCUGAUACCUUGAAGUGGUUGCCAUCGAUGGUGCAGGCAUCUGCGAACAGCAGCAACCUGGUAGCGAAAGUGGCGAACGAAAUCGAAGUGGCAACAAGCCUCGCUUACCAUUACGAGCAAUCCAGGAGCAUGGAGUUGGCGGUUGAGACCACCAAAUGGGCGAUGCCCCUGCCCUACAUCAAGGCAGUGGGGCACUAUGUGGCGAACUUCGCUGGAGGGGAAGGGUUCCCUUUGAUUCGGUACAUGAGUGAUGCCUCCAAGAUGUUCAAUUCCAGCUUGUUGCUGGGGGCCGAGUUCAUGGACUCCCUAGCCUACCUACACCUGAAAGGCAUGAAAGAGCAGAUCAAGGCAGCCGAAGAGCUGAUGAAGAUGUGCUGGGAUCUGUUGCAGAACUUGCAAUGGAUGCAGCAGAAGCGAGGCGUUUCCAUCUUUGCCAAGAUGCAGAUCCGAACUGCAUUGUUCUUGUGCAAGAAGUCGGGCAAGUGGAAGGAAACCCGGGUUUUCCAGAGCUUGCAAGAGAUCCAGGAGGUCUUCACACAAGAAGUUGAAGCUGCAAAGUCGCAAGGCGAGUCUUCCAGCGGGCAAAGUCAUGGUGGAAGCAUGUCCUCGGGCACGGGAGCCUCCGGCAGCACUGAUGUGAAGGUCAUGUCGCUUCAGGAUACUUCGUCGCCUGCCAGCAUCGCCAUGCAGCAGUACUCAUGGUUGAAAGAGAACGGAAGGUUCCUGAAGAAGGAUUGCACUGACAUCCACGUGUUCAUGCACAUGGACGACAUGCAUGGUGUGUUUAAGGUCACAGAUGUUCGGGGCAAUGUGGAAACGGUUCGGGUGCCACACAAAGACCUGAAGUUCAUGAAAGCGACCAGCAAAGAGAUCCCGAUCCUGUUGGAUGAAAGCAUCGUCCAGCGAAUGCAGAUCGCCACUAACCUCACGGAUGAAGUUGAAAAGUGCAAUGCUUUCCUCAAGUUGCACACAGCUUUCCAGGAGCAGCUCGACAUGCCUUUUUAA